UUAUCAAUCAUGACGUGACGGGUGAAAUGAGACUGCGAUUUGAAGGCACAGUAUUUCCUCUGACUGUUCUUAGUCAAAAUAUGGCAGACUUGUAUGGGUAUAUGCCCAAGGUAGAUGCAGGUGCUGUUAGUAAAGAAAUUCUAUCUCCUAUGCCUGGUUCUUUAGUGUCAGUUGCUGUGGACAUUGGUCAAGAGGUCUUAGAAGGACAGGAAUUAUGUGUCAUUGAAGCAAUGAAAAUGCAGAACAGCAUAGCAGCUCCAUUAACUGGAAAGAUAAAAUCCAUUAAUUACAAUAUUGGAGACAGUGUGCAGGAGGAGGAUUUGCUGCUUGAAUUUGAGUGAUCAUAGUGAACUUGUAUGAAACCAGUAUAUUUUGUAGUCGUAUGGAAUUAUGUAAACUAUUUUGAAUUCUGUGCACUGUUACUGCUUGUCCUAAUUCAGUAUAGUACUAUUAACUUGCAAUAAAUUAUAUUGAGAGUGGCUUGAUAGAUUAUGCUUUGAUGUUGUAGUCAGUUUAAGAUUGGCUUCAGUCUUCAGAAAGAUGACAUUUAUUCAUGGUAUUUAUCUUCACAACAAACAGAUAUACGAUUUGCUACUA